AUGCAGAAGGUCACGACGAUCACGAACGACACGUGGUUCCAGGACGCCAAGGUCGAGGCGCCCAACUUCAAGACGCCGCAGCUCACGACCAUGACGAUGGAGUCGACGUACAAGGGCGACAUGGAGGGUGUGAGCGUGGGGUGCUAUGUGAUGGCGGCCUACAACACCCCCGUCGCGGAGGGCAAGCAGCCCGAGGACUGGACGUUUGCCGGCGUCGCGACCUUCGAGGGCACCGUGCUCGGCAAGAAGGGGACGUUUGCCGUGCAGUGCAUUGGCAAGGUGCUCGAUGGAUGGAGCGAGGCGGAGAACACCAUCGUCGAGGGUACGGGGACUGGUGAGCUUGCGGGGCUCAGUGGACGCGGUGGUUUCAAGUUCAAGAUCCCUACGGAUGGGUGCCCUAAGGACAUGCCGGUAGAGUGGGAGAUUGAGUUCAAGUAG